UAUAAAUAAGCAACAAAACUAGUCAUUCGAGUAUCUACAUUGCUAGGCUAACGUUUAAAAUAUUUUGUUGGCAUGGAAGAAAGUGGGUUUGAGUUUAAAAAUGUUGCACACCAGUAUUUUGCUACGAUGGCAGCGAAUCUAAUCAUGUUGGGACAUGGAGCCGUAGUAAGUUGGUUCAGUCCAUCGCUGCCGAUAUUAUUAUCUGAAGAAACACCACUCAUUAGUGGCCCCUUGAACAAUGAGCAAUUAUCUUGGCUUGGAUCGAUCAAUAAUUUGGGUGCACUUGGUGGGGUUCUGACGUUUGGAUUUAUCACCACAUUUCUGGGAUGCAAACGAGCGAUGUCAUUUUUAGCACUGCCGUCGAUUGCGUUUUGGCUAUUGAUUUUCUUCGGCAACACGUAUUACCAUCUCCUGUUUGCACGAUUUUUCGCGGGUUGGACCGGUGGAGGAAUUCAAACGACGAUCAUUUUAUUCGUGUCAGAAAUUUCGAACGAUCAUAUCCGAGGGCGUCUUGGAUCACUUACAACACUCUCAAGAAAUAUUGGCGUUUUGCUCAUAUUCACAAUCGGAGCCUAUGCCGACUACUUUCUGGUGCCGUGCAUUUUCAUUUUCCUUCCAAUUGCGUUUCUAGUAGUAUUUUUCAUAUUACCAAAUACACCACAGUUUUAUCUUCGGAAAGGCAUGUUCGAGGAAGCCGACUAUGCAUUGAAAUAUUACAAAGGCUAUGAGGGAAAAAGUGAAGUGGAGCGAAAUGCUUUUAACAAAGAAUUUGACCGACUGCAAUCGUUGGCCAAAGAGAGAAAGGAAGAUAAGAAGGUUAAUCUCAGUGAUUUUUUUGAACUAAAAGCAGUCAAAGGACUUCUUUUUGGUAUAAUAUUGGGCUGGUUAACCCAAUUCCCUGGCAGUAUCACCCUUUUAAACUAUGCCGUGAUAAUUUUCGAAAAAUCUGGUGCAUCGAAAAUAGACCCGUAUAUCUCUUCAAUAAUAUUGGCCGCAGCACAAUUGAUUGGAUGCCUUUUCUCAGCUAAACUGGCCGAUUCGAUGGGUCGAAAAUUGGUAUUGAUCAUUUCAUUCAUGGGAAGUGCAAUGGGAUUGUUGGUCUUUGCUUUGUACUUGUAUCUCAAUCAAAUCGGUCAUGAUUUAUCGGCAUAUUCAUGGUUGCCAGUUGCAUCGCUAUCUUUCAUCAUGUUUAUCUCAUCGGCUGGCGUCUAUGCAUUAUACGCGGUUUGCGUUGUGGAAUAUUUGCCGUCAAAGAUUCGAACAAUUGGAUUAACGAUAUGUGUGCUAUCACUCUACACAUCGACUUUUACAUUUGUCAAAGUGUUUCCAUUUGUUUUAGAACUAAUAGAUCUCUGGGGAUGCAUGAUCAUAUUCAUGGUCGGAAGUGUUGUUGGUGCACUUUUUGUGACAUUUGCGCUAGAAGAAACCAACGGAAAGUCACUAGAUACACUUAAAUCAAGUGAAACUAAAUGCUAUUCAUUUCAUAAUUGGAUUGUAUUAUACCGCGUCAUGGAAGAAACGGAAUAUCAAUGGCGCAACGGCCAUCAAUAUAUUGCAGCAAUAACAGCAAAUCUGAUAAUGUUGGCUCAUGGCUGUAUCGUAGGUUGGUUUUCACCAGCUUUACCCAAGCUGUUAUCAGACAAUACGCCGCUUAUCACGGGUCCAUUUACUAGCGAAGAAGUGUCAUGGGUUGGUUCAAUUAUGAAUAUUGGCGCACUGUGCGGAACUUUUACAUUUGGAUUUAUCAACACAUUUUUGGGCUGCAAACGAGCAAUGAUCUUCUUAGCAAUGCCAUCAACGAUUUUUUGGAUUCUUAUCUAUUUUGGCGAUUCUUAUAAUCAUAUAUUGAUCGCUCGCUUCUUCACGGGAUGGACAGGCGGUGGCAUUCAAACGACUAUCGUGCUGUAUAUCGCUGAAAUUUCAAAUGACAACAUUCGCGGUCGGCUCGGAUCAAUCAUUCAACUAUCUCGAAACACCGGCAUACUGAUUGCCUACAUCGUGGGAGCGAUAGUCGAUUAUAAAUAUAUUCCAUGCAUUUUCAUCUUUCUUCCACUGUUGUAUGUGCUAUGCUUCGUUUUUUUGCCCAACACUCCGCAAUAUUAUCUUCGAAACGAUCGAGUUCAAAAAGCGCAAGAAGCCUUGAAGUACUACAAAGGUUACAAAGGAAAAACUGAUGCGGAGAUCAAUAUGUUCAACAUUGAAUUUGAGCGGAUGAAAUCGAUUGCCAAGGAGCAACAAGCAGAUGAGAAACUUCGUGUGAAUGAUUUUACGAAUCGCAAGGCGUUGAAAGGAAUCAUGAUUGGAAUUGCAUUAUCAUAUUUUAGCCAGCUCACCGGAUGCUUCACCAUCAUCACUUAUGCUGUGUACAUUCUUGAACGAACUGGCAUGAAACUAGAUGCGUACUUCUCAUCGAUCGCUCUGGCCGUGAUGCUGAUUGUUGGCAAUCUGUGCACAACAAAUCUUGCCGAUAAGUUUGGCCGAAAAACAUUCUCGAUUGUAUCCCUAUUGGGAACUGCUCUUGGUUUAAUUGCAUUAUCAGCAUUUUUGUACCUUAACAAAAAUGGAUACGACUUAUCGGACUAUGCAUGGGUGCCCGUGUUUUGUUUGGCAUUUGUUAUUUUCAUUGCAUCGGCUGGCAUUAUUCCACUUUCGCAUGUCAUUAGAGUGGAAAACUUACCCACAAAGAUUCGGACGGUUGGUUUGGCUAUUUGCAUUUUUGCUCUAAAUAUUACAUCGUUCACGUGUACAAAACUGUUUCCGUUGCUACUGGACAAAGUCGACGUUUACGGGUGCAUGCUGAUUUUUGCCAUCAAUUGCAUUGUGGGUUCAUUUUUCAUAUAUUUCGUGCUAGACGAAACAAGAGGCAAACCGAUGGAUACUCUCAAAGCAGAACAAAAUCAAACGGAAAAUACUAACUGCUAAUUGUCACUUCGGUCAAUUGAGAGUGAGAUUGAUUCAAAAAAAUUGUUUUCUCCAGAUGAUAAGAUGUCAUGCAGACCAUAUGAUGAGUGUGUGAAAUUUAGAAAUAUUCUGAAUUUGAAGCAGAUCUAAAAUAGGCUAGGGGCUCGGAUCUAUAUAAAAUCAUAUUUUAUACGCACUUUAUAUGCAAUAUAUGCAUUUUAUAUGAAAUAUACGCAAUAUCCACAAAAUAUCUAAAACAAUAAAUAAAUGUGUAUAUCGCGAAUAUUUUGCGGAUAUUGCGUAUAUUUCAUAUAAAAUGCAUAUAGUGCAUAUAAAGUGUAUAUAUUACGGUUAUUUUGGAUAUCGAAGCAUGUGAAACGUCAUUUUCUUAAUAAUAUACGUGAAAUAUCCGCGAUAUCCACAGUUAUACGCAUUUAUACGCAAAAAGUAAAAAUAUGACGUUAUAUAUGUAAAAUAACCGCAAUAUAUGCUACUUAUACGCGAUAUAUAAUUCCAUACUCUGAAGUUCCGAGCCCCUAGAAAAUAGGUAUGGUCGAAAUUUACAAACAUACGGUGGCAUUUUAUUGUUUCCAAAUAGUGGACUUAUAACCUAUGGAGUUUUGAUCCUCUUUAUCUUACAUUCAGUUUAUCUGCAAUUUAUACGUGUGAGAAUAUUUUGCCUAUAAGUAGCGAAGAUAAUUAGAAAAGACUUAAUCAAAAUUGAACGCUUUCCGGGCACAUAUAAGUCGCAUAAUUUAGUCUAUUUGAUAGAAAAACUCAAAAUCAAUUCAAUUUCUUCUGAUUGAAGUUCUUUAAACUGUGCAAAUGUACUUAGUUUCAAUUAAAUACGUGUAAUAAGAAUGAAUAAAUGAUUGUAACUACAUAGAAUAAACUAAAUCAAAUAACAUCUUUUGUGAUUUAUUUGUUCACUCUUUUUGUGUUAAUUAGUUCAGAG